GUGCGUGUUACCACCAUGGAUGCUGAGCUGGAGUUUGCCAUCCAGCCCAACACUACAGGGAAGCAACUCUUUGAUCAGGUCGUCAAGACAAUUGGUCUAAGAGAGGUCUGGUUUUUUGGACUUCAGUAUCAGGACACCAAGGGCUUCUCAACAUGGCUGAAAUUGAACAAAAAGGUAACAGCACAGGAUGUACGCAAAGAAAGCCCCCUGCUUUUCAAAUUCCGUGCCAAGUUCUACCCAGAGGAUGUGGCAGAAGAGCUGAUCCAGGACAUCACACAGCGCCUUUUCUUCCUCCAAGUGAAGGAGGCAAUUCUGAAUGAUGACAUUUAUUGCCCUCCAGAAACAGCUGUUCUUCUAGCUUCUUAUGCCGUCCAGUCCAAAUACGGAGACUUCAACAAAGAGGUGCACAAGACUGGGUACCUGGCAAGUGACAAACUGCUCCCACAGAGAGUUCUGGAGCAGCACAAGCUUAACAAGGACCAGUGGGAGGAGAGGAUCCAGGUGUGGCAUGAGGAACAUCGAGGAAUGAUUAGAGAAGAUGCUGUCUUGGAGUACCUGAAAAUUGCACAGGAUCUGGAAAUGUACGGUGUGAACUACUUCAGCAUUAAGAACAAGAAAGGCUCUGAACUCUGGCUAGGUGUAGAUGCUCUUGGCCUCAACAUUUAUGAGCAGAAUGACAGGCUAACACCAAAAAUCGGGUUCCCUUGGAGCGAGAUCAGAAAUAUUUCCUUCAAUGACAAGAAAUUUGUUAUUAAGCCUAUUGACAAGAAAGCACCAGACUUUGUAUUCUAUGCCCCUCGGUUACGGAUUAACAAACGAAUCUUGGCACUUUGCAUGGGGAACCAUGAGCUCUACAUGCGCAGACGUAAACCAGAUACCAUUGAGGUGCAGCAGAUGAAAGCACAGGCUCGGGAGGAGAAGCAUCAGAAACAGAUGGAGAGAGCCCUGCUGGAGAAUGAGAAGAAGAAGAGGGAGUUGGCAGAAAAGGAGAAGGAAAAGAUUGAACGUGAGAAGGAGGAGCUAAUGGAGAGACUCAAGCAAAUUGAGGAGCAAACUAAAAAAGCUCAGCAAGAACUGGAAGAACAGACCCGCAGAGCCAUGGAGCUGGAACAGGAGAGAAAACGAGCUCAGGAUGAAGCAGAGAAGCUGGCUAAAGAACGUAGAGAAGCAGAGGAGGCAAAGGAGGCCCUAUUGAAAGCAUCCCAUGAUCAACAAAAGACUCAGGAACAGCUGGCUGCUGAGAUGGCAGAACUCACAGCUAGGAUCACACAGCUGGAGCUGGCCAGGCAGAAGAAAGAGAGUGAGGCUCAGGAGUGGCAACAGAAGGCACAGAUGGUGCAGGAGGACCUAGAAAAGACCAAAGAGGAGUUGAAGACUGCCAUGAGCACCCCUCAUGUCACUGAGCCCAUGCACUCGGAGAAUGAGCACGAUGAUGAGCAGGAUGAGAAUGCGGCAGAAGCCAGCGCUGAGCUGCGGUCGGAGGCCACCAUCAAAGAUCGCAGUGAGGAGGAGCGCACCACUGAGGCAGAGAAGAAUGAACGGGUCCAGAAACACUUGAAGGCUCUUUCCUCUGAGCUGGCAAAUGCUCGGGAUGAAACAAAGAAGACAGCCAAUGAUAUGAUCCAUGCUGAGAACAUGCGUCUGGGCCGAGACAAGUACAAGACCCUCCGCCAGAUCCGGCAGGGCAACACCAAGCAGCGCAUCGAUGAGUUUGAGUCCAUGUAAACCCUCCCCUGCACCUGCUGCCCUGCACUCUCUUCUCUCCUCUCUCCCAUCCUUUCCCUCGUAAUCGUGCUAUGCUGGAACCACUACAGAAGAGUGACCAUGGUCUUAUUUAUCAGGUUUUGGGCAAGUGCAGGAGUUAAGCAACAGAAGAAAGUUUACUAUUUACACCUUCCUGGGGUGGCUUGGGAAAGCAGGCAUAUAUUGGGCCGAAUCUGAAAUGGUUGGCUUUGGGUAAGGUCUCACUGCAUUUAGUUUGGUUUUGCUUACUGCAAUGGCUGUGUUGCUGUCCUCUCCUUUUGGGUGGGGAGGCCAGCA